AUGAUUUUGUGGUGUUAUUUUUACUUAGCUUAUUGGCAAAUUGGUGUGUCAGAUACAUGCGUUAUAUUAUUAGCUGCCUUUAUUAAAGUUGUUGUACGCCUUCGCUCGGAGAAAAGAGUCAAGAAGAUGGCAGAACAUGUGGAUACUUGUAACGUAUUGCGAGACAAGCAAUGGAAAGCAGAUACAACAACAGCUAACUUGGUCCCAGGCGAUAUUAUUCAGAUUCAGUCAAAUCAGAUCGUACCUGUUGAUGCUGUUAUUCUGAAAGGAGAUAUCAUUGUUGAUGAGAGCUCACUUACAGGAGAACCACUUCCUAUUCGGAAAUUCCCUUUACGUCUUUCAAACAAUAGCAGUGAUAUUAUGCCUUUUGAUCCUCAAUCGUCUACAGGAAAGAAUAAUUCAUUGUUUGCUGGCACAACAGUCAAGCAAUGUACAUCUGAUGCCAUUGCACUUGUAUUAAGAACACGUACAGAUACAGACAAAGGACAAUUGAUUCAGCGUAUCUUGUUUCCUCAGCCAGUCUCAUUUAUCUUCAAUGAACAACUCAAGCUUGUGUUUUGCUUGUUAUUGAUCUGGGCUAUUGUUUUAUUAGGUGUCGGUGCUUGGUGGUUAGGCGGUACUGGUAUGACUGCUUGGUUUUAUGGUACUGUAUGUGCAGCUCAAGUCAUGAAUCCACUGCUGCCAGCUAUACUAGUUGUGGGGCAGUCGGUAGCAGCAGGAAGAUUGAAGAAAAAGGGUGUGUUUUGUGUGGAUUUUCCGAGAAUUUUAAUGGCAGGCAAAGUACAAGUCUUUUGUUUUGACAAGACAGGCACUUUGACAAAUGAAGGCCUUGAGUUUUAUGGUGUACAACCCUCGAAAGACGCUACUUUUGAAGAUCUUCAUCAUGAUUUUCACAGUCUAAAGGCACACUUCUUGCUUCAAAUGGGAUUAUCAUGUUGCCACUCUGUGACCAUGUUGAACAGUCAAUACAUUGGUAAUCCAGUGGAUAUUGUGAUGUUUAAAGCGACUGAAGCAACCAUCACCGACACUGAUGAAAUUCACUCCACGUCCUUACCUACCUUAAAAGUACUUCAGCGAUUUGAGUUUCAACAUGCACGUGCUUCUAUGUCUAUUGCUGUCAAAGAUAUGUCUACAGGCCAUGUACACGUGUUUUGCAAAGGGUCCUUUGAAAGAAUGGCAGAAACAAACCGACAUAUUCCGGCUGAUUUUGAUAGGCAGACAUCUGAACAUGCUCGCGUGGGCUGCUAUGUGCUUGGUAUGGCUCAUCGUGAUCUUGGUGUCUUAACGCCUGAACAGGAAGCUGAUAUUCGCAAUAAUUGGACAAGAGAUCAACUCGAAUCAAAUCUGGAAUUUAUUGGCCUUGUCUUGUUCAAGAAUCUGCUUAAAACAGACACGACACCUGCCAUUCAACAGAUCAAAAACGGUGAUGUCCGUGUAGUGAUGAUUACAGGCGAUAAUGCAAUGACGGGUGCAUUUAUAGGCAAACAAUGUGGGCUUGUGCCUUCUCAGACCACAUCCAUUGUUUUAGGUGAUAUGGUGACAUCGAAGGGUGAUGAAUAUCUCGUAUGGACAGAUAUAGAAACAGGUCAAUCAAUAACAGAUAUUCAUCCUGCUAUUCAGUCAGGCAGCGAACUAGCAGUGACAGGGAAAGCGUUUCGUUGGUUAGUAGAAGAAGGCAUCAUCCGCGACUAUUUGUUCUCUAUCCGUAUCUUUGCUCGUAUGACACCAGUAGACAAGAUGAUGUGCAUCGAGCUAUUUAUGGAGAAAGCAAUUACGGCCAUGUGUGGUGAUGGUGGCAAUGAUUGUGGUGCUCUUCGGUCUGCUCAUGUAGGUAUUGCUAUGUCUGAGUCCGAGGCAUCUGUUGUCUCUCCUUUUAGUACACCGAAUCGAUCUGUGCAAGCCUGUGUUGAAUUACUCAUUCAAGGACGUUCUGCCUUGGCCACUUCUUUUGCUAGUUACAAGUAUUUGAUUAUGUAUGGUGAGACGAUGGCAACUGUCAAGUUCUGCACAUUUUAUUAUACCAUGUCAUUUUCUCAAUGGAAUUUUAUUUUGAUUGAUGCCUUUAUUACGGUAUUUUGUGCAUUUGCUGUCACACAAGCUGGUGCUGCAAAGAAGCUGUCAAAUCAUAGACCCACAGCUCGUAUUUUGGGACCAGAAGUGCUAUUGUCUGUACUUGGACAGUUGUGGAUUAAUGUUUGGUUUUUAGCAGGUGCUUUUAUUUGGUUGUAUACAAGGGAUGAUUUCUUUACUUGCCGAGAAUGGGAUGCAAGAGCUACAGAUGCUUCGAAAUGGUGGUUGUUGGGCGAUAGUUUUGAAGCUGAUGUACUUACAUUUGUCUCCUUAUUUCAAUUCGUGAAUUCUGCUAUGAUAUUUAAUUAUGGUUAUAUCUUUAGAAGAGCAUGGUAUCGUAAUUACUUUUUAGUUGCUGUCUGGGCUACUUUUGUUGCUAUUGUCAGUUAUUGGGAGUUAGCAGACCCUAAUCGAUUUGGUUGUUUAAUGAGACUUAAUUGUGGAAACCCUGAUGUUUUGGUCUCAUUAGGCUAUGAGAGACCUGAUUUCUAUAUCGAGCCUUAUAAUAAUCCGCUAGGACACAACGUAUUACCCAAGUCAUUUCGAUACCAGCUUUGGGCCUAUUCAAUUGCCAAUAUGCUAGUUGCACAUACCUGGGAACGAUUUUUUAUUUUAGGUCCUAUAAGACAGUGGUUAAGACAAAGAUAUCCUUUGAAGCGCCUUGUUUUAAAGCUCUAA